AUGGCUGAAGGAGGAGACUCAUCAUUCGUGAGGAGACAUUGGGAAGGAUACAAGGAGUUCUGGGGAGAGAGAUUCUCCUUCUUGGACAACUACUCGCCCUUCAUCAAGCGCGACAAGCCACUCCCUUCUUGGUCUCCAACUGAUGUCGACGAAUUCAUUGCUUCUGAUCCUCUUCAUAGACCCACUCUGAAGACUACUAGGGAAGCAGCAAAAUUUGGUGCUGUAGGAGGCCUAAUUGGAGCUGUUUCAACUGCAGGCGUUGCUUGGAAGUACUCAAGGAGUCUGCAUGGUACUACAUUGUCUUUUGGAGCCGGUGCUGUCUUUGGCUGGACAUUUGGACAGGAAGUUGCCAACCACUGGCUGCAGCUAUACAGGCUCGAUACCAUGGCUUCACAGGUUAAACUCAUGGAAUGGUGGCAUAACAAGUUUGAAGGACAGUCUUAA